AUGGUCCAAGCAAAAGCCUUCAUUGUCCCCGAGAAACAAGCACCUUUCCAGUCAAAUACCGUUGAAUUAGACGUAUUGCAAAGCGGGGAGGUUCUGGUAGAGCUCAAGGCAACUGGUAUCUGUCAAACGGAUCUGGUUGUCCAAAGUGGGAAGAUUCCCGUCCCCUUUCCCGCCAUCCUGGGCCAUGAAGGCGCCGGUGUGAUUCGUGCUGUUGGCUCAGCCGUCACGGAUUUAGUUGUCGGCGAUCAUGUGGUUCUUUCAUAUAAUUACUGCAAGACAUGUCUAAGCUGCAGAGCUGGCAAGACCUUUCACUGCUCAGAUAUACGAGCGCGCAACUUUGGAUCCCAGAGGCCGGACGGAUCGCAGACUGUCAUAUCCGAUGACGGCUUGAAAGGCACCAUCAGCACAUGCUUCUUUGGCCAGUCAUCAUUCUGCAAUCCAGCGGUGGUUCAGGAAGCGUGUUGUGCCAAAGUGGACAAGGACCUACCACUCUCCGUGCUCUGCUCCUUUGGUUGUGGAUUUCAAACGGGUAUUGGAUCUAUAUUUAAAGUCGUCCGGCCGAUCGAACGACAGGCCCGGUCCCUCCUGGUUUUGGGUUUGGGCAGUGUAGGGGCGGCAGCAAUCAUGGCGGCAAAAGUCCGAGCCGAAGAUUGUCCCGGAAUACUUGACACUAUUAUUGCUGUAGAUGUUGCCGACGAAAAGCUGAGUAUAGCCUUGGAGCUCGGAGCAACGCAUGUGAUCAAUUCAGCCAAGGAGGAUCUGGAACGCCGUGUGGCAGAAAUUACCCACGGUCAGGGGAUUGAUGCGGCCAUCGAUUGCACGGGUGUGAUUUCGGUGGUCAACUCGAUGGUCAGUUUGGUGGGUGCUGGUGGAGUGGCGGUCACUGUUGGUGGACCACCGGCCGGUCUUAAAGCGUCAAUUGACGUAUUUGAUAUGUUGAUCAACUGCAAGACGUAUAUCGGGUGUCAUCAAGGCAAUGCAUAUUCUAAGACUUUUAUACCAUUAAUGAUCGAUCUUUAUCGAAAGGGACGGUUGCCGUUGGAUAAAUUACAGAAGACUUAUAAGGUCACUGAUAUCAACUUGGCAGUCAGUGACAUGAAAGCAGGGCGUGUUUGGAAGCCUGUGCUUCUCUGGGACUGA